AUGAUGUUGCAACUUGAAUGGGACUACAAGACUACUCAUCACACACGCCGAUCAAUGACUACGAGAGAGAGCACUGACUUUAUGAUAGCCCGCGCCGCGGAAGCUCAGGAAGCCGAGCAAGCCGCUCAAAACGAGCAGGCCGCCAAAAAUGAGCAGGCCGACAACUCCGACUCAACCCAGCAAGUCAACAAGACUGCGGGCGCCCCCAAAUCCCAAAAGUUGAAGAUCACUUUCGCCGCCGAGAAGGCCGCCGAGGAUGUCACCGAGACCACAAAGAAGCCCACCAGAGCCGCUAAAGCCGCUGCCGCUCCAAAGGUGAAGAACACUUCAGAGGUCGUGAACACUUCAAAGGCUUCAAAGGCUUCAAAGGGAAAGGCCAAAGCCACUUCAGCUCCAAAGACCGAUCGCAACCGCAUCUCCAAGUCCUCAAAGGGGAAGGCCAAAAUUUCCACAGCCCCAGAGGUCGAGAACACAUCCCAAGCCUCAUCUUCAAAGACCGAGCAUGCCACAGCUUCAAAGGUCACCAGCACCAAGGCCUCAAAGCGAAAGGCCAGUGCCAUCGCCGCUCCAGAAGAGAGUAGCUCCAAGGCUUCAAAGAGGAGAAAGAUGACACCCUCUGUCGCCGCAGAAGAGACUACCUCCACAGCUUCAAAGAUCGACAAUCCCUCAGAGGUCGCCAAUACCUCCACGGCCUCAGCUUCAAAGACCGAGCAUGCCACAGCUUCAAAGGCCACCAACACCUCCAAGGCCUCCAAGCGAAAGGCCAGCGCCAUCGCCGCUCCAGCCGAGAGUAGCUCCAAGGCUUCAAAGAGAAGAAAGACAACAGCUUCCGCCGCCGCAGAAGAGACUACCUCCACAGCUUCAAAGAUCGAUAACACCUCAGAGGUCGCCAAUACAUCCACGGCCUCAUCUUCAAAGACCAAGCAUGCCACAGCUUCAAAAGUCACCAACACCUCCAAGGCCUCCAAGCGAAAGGCCAGCGCCAUCGCCGCUCCAGCCGAGAGUAGCUCCACCGCUUCAAAGAGAAGAAAGACAACAGCCUCCCCCGCCGCAGAAGACAAUACCUCCAAGGCUUCAAAGGAGAAGACCAACAUCGCCGCGGCUCCAGAGGAAGAAGGUAGCUCCAAGCCUUCAAAGAGAAUGACCAGAGCCGCUGCAGCUUCAAAGAUCGAGAAUACGUCCAAGGACAUGAGUACUUCAAAGGCCUCAGCCGAUAAAGGCAAAAAACCCGUGGUUCGCGAAGAAAGUCAAGAGUUCCUUCCGCCUGCCCCUACGGGCUCCACCCAGCACGGAGAUAACAUCGCAACCUCCAGCAAGACCCGACGGAAGCUUCAGAAGGAGCCCCAGGGCACUUCGCAGUCCCACAACCCCUGGCGGACCAUGCGACCGAUCGGGGAAUACCCAUCACCCGCGGAAUACCGCGCCGCCGGCCUCAAGCCCCACCGACCCCAGACCUUGGAGAACGUCGCGACGCCUGCACUCAGCCCUGACAGCGGGCUUGAGGACCUGACCCUUGAGGAGGGACCUGCCGAUACCCCCGCUGAUGCAGUCGCUACCACUACUGCUGCGCAAUCUCCAGAUGUCGAGACACCAAUCGACGAUUCCACUCCCGCAAUCGCAACUCCAGCCCUGAGUAUCCCCGACUACCAGGCCGUGUUCCGCGGAAUCACUCCACCAACCUCAGAAAGAUACGAUGUGUCCAGGAUUCGAAGGAUGUUAGAAUUUGCGCUCGACUUCAGCAUGCGCGUUGGCAAUGCGGCCCAGUGCAUGAGCCUUGUUCACUUCUGGCACAUGGCCAGCGAAGACGAAUUUAAUCUGGCUUUGGCUUCCGACCUCUUCGGUCACGGGCAGCAGGCUCCUGAAUUGCACACUGGUCUUAUGCACAUCCUGAAAGACAAUGAGCCUCAAGCCUGCGAAUGGUAUCAAAGCUACACCGCGCGUCCAUCUUUAUCUCCCCUUGUCGACCUGCCUCCACCCAGUGGCUCAGGUACACCAUCUGCCAGACCUACCGAUCCACAGUCUGCGUUCAAAGUUUCUGAUAUCUAUCGAGAUACCAGUGGUCCUCGUCUCGAAGAACAGUUCCUGAGCGGCAAAACCAAUACAGCUCCACUCAAGCGUCCCAAGAAACCAUGCCCUGUGAAUGAGGCAGCUCACAGGCGCAAGCUCCAAUGGCAAUCAGAUCCUGACCACGAUGAAAAUAUGCGACAGUUGCGUCUCCGUUUCAGUCAGGCCCAACCCGACGUGGCCACCGACGUUCGACCUGCUUGGAGUGCAUUUCGCGACGAGCGCGUGCCAGAAAUGAAUCCUCAGCGAUCGCGAUCCUCAUCGCCAGCCCCCGUUCCGGAGUCUUUCGACUGGGACUCUGAUUCUCAGUCUGCUUCCCCCGUCCGCACCGCCGUGACCACCGCUACGAAUAAAAAGUCAGCCCGCAAGCCAACCAGCAAGCCAACCAAGAAACUAUCCAAGAAACAGAAAGGCAAGCGGCCACAACGUGCACGGUCGCUCUCCAUUGAUACUACUAUGAGUGAUGUCUCCACACUUUCCAACUCUUGCUACUCGGUGCGCGACAACGACUGGGCUGCAAGCCAUGGAGAACGGCAAAUGCCAAAUUCGAUUGAUCCCCCCGACAACAGCGAUGAGUGUCAUCAAUGUGGCAAGGGAGGCAACUUGAUCUGCUGCGAGACCUGUCCAAACUCGUAUCAUUUCACGUGCCUAGAUCCCCCCUUGAAUCCAAAGAAUCCCCCCGAGGGCGAAUGGCACUGCCCCAAGUGUCAAGUCCGCAACAGCUUCACGACGCUGCUUGCACACGGAAAGAAAGCCAAGAAGACCGAGUUCUCGCUCCCACAAGACAUCAAGGAGCGCUUCUUGGGGGUGGGCGAAGGGGUAGUCUAUGACCCCGACUACGCGCGGAAUCCAAAGCACCAACGAUAUUACCGGGAGACGCCCCACCUACCACGGCUGACUAAACCGCCCAAGCAUGAUGUUCUGAUUUCAUACGCGGAUCCCAUGCUGCUUCGAGACGUCGACAACAAAGGACAAAAAAUCAUCUGCAUGAAAUGCGGCCAAACCUCAAACGGCCGCCCCAUUAUCACCUGCGAUUACUGUCCGUGUCGAUUCCACCUGGACUGUCUCGACCCACCACGGGCGCAGCCCCCCAAUCCAAAAACCGGAUGGAUGUGUCCCAACCAUGUCACCCCAGCGGACAUGGUUGUCACCAAGGAGGUCGGCGGUGGCGAGCUGCGUACGCGCCGCCACCGCCGGACCGCGGGCACAUCCUUCCUGGAUUGUGAAAUCCUCCUUCCUGACGGCCCCAAUGACUCCCUCUUCUCUCGCGAGUGGAGGGACGAACGCCACAUCAUCCCCGCGGGUGAUGUGGUGUUCGAGUUCAUUGGGGCCGUCAAGUGGGAGAACUGCCAGCGGGUGGCUCAAUACUCCCGCAUCGAGGCCAAGUGCCUCGAUGCGGCGAGGAGCCUCGCUCGGCAGUUCUUCCGCGAGGGAAGGGCGGACCCCGAGCUUGUCUCGGGGCUACCCCCUUCCCUCGCAGAGGGCGUGUCAGAGUCGGUCGGCCGCAUUCUUGCGGGGACGGAAGUCCCCCAAGAAGCGGUCGACGCGGCGACCGCCCUCCUGGGGCUUUCCCGCCCCUCACCCACGUCGGGUGAGGGCUCGGGAGGGCCCCAACCCUCCGAGGCUGGGCCUUCUCGCCCCAAACGGGCGCGAGAAGGUUCCACCGACGAAGGUCGGGCGGCGCGAAAGCGCCGCCUGAGCCUCGGAGGGGAGGCUUCCUCCUCCACGGUCAUUUAG